AUGGAGUUAUUCAAUCCAGCUCUUGAUAAAAACAUCUCUUUUGUGCGUCCUGCUUAUUUUAUAAUAAGUGGAUUUACUGACAUACCUAAUAUCAAGUAUUAUUAUGUCUUUCUCUUUGUUGUUUAUAUUGUUUCAGUGCUGGGAAACACUACUGUGAUGGUAAUAAUAUGCUUGGAUCAUAAUUUGAGAACUCCAAAAUAUAUAGCAGUUUUUAAUCUAGCAUUUACAGACCUGAUUGGUAGCUCUGCUUUGGUGCCAAAAAUUCUUGACAUAUUUCUGUUUGACCAUCCCUACAUCUCCUACAACGACUGCUUGACAUUCAUGUUUUUCUGCUAUGCCUGCCUUUCAAUGCAGCCAUUUAAUCUGGUUGCACUGUCCUAUGACAGAUUUAUAGCAAUCAGCUUUCCACUGCACUAUCAUGUGAAGGUGACCCACAAGUUUAUGUUUUCUUUGAUUGCCUCUUUCUGGUUCUUCAUCAUUACAAUUUCAGUCAUUGCAAUUUCCCUUCUCACAAGACUUUCCUACUGUAAGUCUGUAGUUAUUAACAGCUAUUUCUGUGACUAUGACUUGGUGCAAAAGCUGGCCUGCAAUGAUAAUACACUCAGCAUGGUCAUUGGUCAUCUGUUAGCAGCUCUUAUUCUUUGGCUUCCACUGCUAUUUAUCUUGUCAUGUUAUUCACACAUUGGCUAUGCAUUGUCUAAAGUAGCCACAGUUAAAGAAAGAGUGAAGGCCUUUAAAACCUGCACAUCUCAUCUUUCACUGGUGGCAAUCUAUUUUCUCCCUGUAAUGUUCACAUUUGCUAUGACUGCAUCUAUACACCCAAAUACCAGGAUCAUAAACAUGUCUCUGUCUGCUGUCUUUCCUCCUAUGUUGAAUCCAAUUAUUUAUGUUCUGCAGACUCAGGAAAUCAAAGUGUCUGUGAAAAAGUUAUUACAAAUCAGAAAGCCAUCCAAAAUCACAGGGACAGGAAUAAUCAUAACAUGA